GCGUUUCCGGUUUCUCCAUCUUCGAAACAGAAAAAACAAACGCUUUUCGUUUUUCUCCUCUUCUAAUGUAAUUAGUUAGUCAAUGGUUUUCUGCUGUUUUAUUUACGCGUGAUAUCGGUGGAAAAUGGAUAUAUCGACACCGCCAGAAGAUCAAGAGCUGCGUAAUGUCAUCGACAAGCUCGCCCAGUUUGUUGCCCGAAAUGGCCCUGAGUUUGAGAAGAUGACCAUGGACAAGCAGAAGGACAACCCUAAGUUCUCAUUCCUCUUUGGAGGGGAAUAUUUUGGCUACUACAAGUACAAACUGGCGAUCGAACAGCAACAGCAUUCUUCAAGUCAUGAUGAUGAAUAUAAAAUGGAAGCAGUUCUCUGCGGGUCGUCGGCAGGUACAGAUGUUCCUGAAGUUCCUGCGGCGAUGCCGAUGAUUCCUCCUCCACAGAUCCCCCCCAGCACCCCCUCCAUGGAGGAACUGAUCCAGCAGAGCCAAUGGAACUUACAGCAGCAGGAACAACACCUGCUGAGCCUCAGACAGGAGCAGGUGACGGCUGCAAUCUCUCUGGCUGCAGAGCAACAGAUGCAAAAACUGCUGGUAGAAACGCAACUGGACACGAACGAAUUUGACAACCUGCUUCAGCCGAUCAUAGACACCUGCACGAAAGAUGCUAUCUCGGCCGGUAAGAACUGGAUGUUUAAUAACGCUAAGACACCGCCGCACUGUGAGCUGAUGGCAUCUCACCUCAGAAACCGCAUCACUGCAGACGACGCACACUUUGAGCUCCGCCUACAUCUAAUUUAUCUGACCAAUGACGUCCUGCAUCACUGUCAGAGGAAGAAUCAGAAAGAUCUACUGGCGGCUCUACAGAAGGUUGUGGUUCCCAUUUACUGCACCAGUUUUCUGUCUGUGGAAGAGGACAAACAGCAGAAAAUCACACGGUUGCUUCAGUUGUGGGAAAAGAACAGCUACUUUGAUGACAUAACUAUUCAGCAGCUUCAGAGUCCAGCUCUGGGUCUCGGACAGUAUCAGGCGUCACUCAUCACAGAGUACGCUGCAGUUGUGCAGCCUGUUCAGUUGGCGUUCCAGCAGCAGAUUCAGGCACUGAAGACGCAGCAUGAGGAGUUCGUUGCCAAUCUGAAGCAACAGCAGAACGUGGCGGUUGCAGCAGCCGCGGCUGCCGUUGUUCAGUUAGCUCCUCCAGAGACUGAAGUAAAGACUCAAACACCCAUGGCCUCUCAGCCAGGAGACUUGAAUCCUCCAAUGGCUGGUCCUCCUGGUGAUUAUGACAGUGCUCAGAACAGGCCACCAGACUCGAGCCCUUCAGCCCCGUCUGACAUUUCAGCCACUAAACCGGGCUGGUUCGACCCGCAACACAACAUGCCAUGGAACCCACAACAGCCCCCACCUUUUGACCCCACACAAGCCCCACCCCCGUGUCCGCCCUGGAACAGCCACGAGGGCAUGUGGAACGAGCAGAGGGACCCCAGUUGGAGCGGCCCUCGUGACAGUGGUCCCGGAGGCCCCUGGAGUGGCCAGAGCGAUCCUCCACCCUCCUGGAGUGGCCAGUUCGAUCAGCCACCAUGGAGUAACCAGCCAGAUCAACCUCCGCCAUGGGGCCAGAGGGAACCUCCGUUUCGUAUGCAGUGUCCGCCUCACUUCCGCGGACCGUUCCCUCCCCAUCAACAGCCGCCGCCGUUUAACCAGCACCCGCCCCCUCAUAACUUCGGCCGCUUCCCUCCACGAUUUAUGCAGGACGAGUUUCCACCACGACAUUACUUUGACCGGCCCCCGUACCCUCCUCACCAAUUCGACUAUCCACAAGGAGACUUCCCAGGUGGUGAAGACUUCCCAGGAGAGCUCGGAUCACCUCCCCAUCAUCACCCCAAUCAGAGGAUUCCUCCUCCAGGAUUGUCUGAACCUCCUCCGUGGGGCAGUAACCAGCAUCCUGACUUCGGCCCCCCUCCUCACGGGUUUAACGGUCAGGCUCCUCACAUAAGACGCCAGAACCCAGCUCACGUCAGUCAGGAUGACCCCAGUCUCGUCCCAAACGUCCCCUACUUCGAUCUCCCUGCGGGACUCAUGGCACCACUUGUGAAGCUUGAAGAUCAUGACUAUAAGCCUCUGGACCCUAAAGACAUUCGUCUGCCUCCUCCAAUGCCCCCUAGUGACCGUCUUCUGGCUGCUGUAGAGGCGUUUUACAGUCCACCAUCUCACGACAGACCCAGAAACAGUGAGGGUUGGGAACAGAAUGGGCUGUACGAAUUCUUCCGAGCCAAAAUGAGAGCGAGGCGUAAAAAAGAACAAGGCAAACGCAACAGCACUCGAGGAAGUCGCUCCAACAGUCGGUCGCGAAGUCGAGGGCGAUCCUCUUCACGCUCCAGUUCCAGAUCUUCGAAAUCUUCCCGCUCCAGGUCCCGAUCUAGAUCCCGUUCUCGGUCCCGCUCCUACUCCAGAUCUCGCUCCAGGAGUCGGAGUAACUCCAAAUCCAGAUCCCGAAGCCGUUCCCGCUCCAGAUCUCGCUCUAGAUCUCGAUCUCCAGAAAAGCGGCGCCAAGCCACAAAAUCCCGAAGUCCUACACCACCGUCCACCUCAGGUUUGGGUUCAGCCCCAGCAGUGGUACCUGUUGACCUCAAGUUAGGAGAGGAGAACAAAGGUCAUCAGAUGCUCAUGAAAAUGGGUUGGAGUGGUGCAGGAGGGCUUGGAGCUAAAGAGCAGGGCAUUCAAGACCCCAUCAAAGGAGGAGACAUUCGGGAUAAGUGGGACCAGUACAAAGGAGUGGGAGUGGCGCUGGAUGACCCAUACGUUAACUACAGACGAAACAAAAGCUACAAUUUUGUUGCAAGGAUGAAAGCGCGAGAGAAAGUAGGCAAAGACCCACAGGAGCCAUCAACCACAGAAUGAUCGUCAUUAAUGUAACAGCUCUGUUUUAUUGUGGAUGUCAUUGAAGCUGUUUUUCACAUUUGUUUGGAUGUUCUAUUUUGCCCUCAGUUGUUUUGUUUUUUUUUGUAGUAAAGUAUCAAAGAUCACAUUGUAGAUCGAUGAAAAUGUCAGAAUAACCACAACAGUUGAGAUGCAUUUCAUUUACCCUCAAUCUCAAGACUUCUUACAAGCAAAAUAAAGACAUUUUAAAAA